ACCAUGGGCUCGCCACCUGGCUUUCGUCACCCAGCACUGGCAGAACGGCCUAAUAACUGCAUAAAUGGUGAGGCUGUUCAAGAUACUAUACUGGUUUUUGACCAUCUGCGCAUCGGUUCAUAACAAUUCCUGAAACCUGUCGACGCGCGCAAAAUUAGGCCACGCAGCCGCAUGCCGACUGCCCUCAUCAUGCAUUGAGCAAUUACUGUGAUCUAUACAGUAUCCUUUCCCCGAGUGUUUCGUACCUAUUUCUUGUAGAGGUAUUCGUCAGGCAGGACACAGUAUAUACACCAGCAUCAUAAACCGCAAGUUCAAGCGGUCGUCCUAACCCGUGACGUGAUGCACUAUUCAAAGCUUCCGGUAACAAUUGACCAGGUAAGCCUUGUUGACACAGCAUUCAUAGACGUCACACUCCUUGGCGCUUGCCUGAAGUUUGCAGGCACACACCAAGUUCUCAUGGAACUGCAAGUGUACAGCAGUGAAGUUUCGCUGUAUGCCACCCAAGCACUGCCCAAUAUACAUAGUCCAUUGAUGCGACUGAUUGUACAUUUUUGGGUUCUUCUAUUGACAAGGGUUAUCAACCAAGUAAAUGAAGAGCUCAAUUCCGCACCGGACACGCACAUAUCGGGAAUGUUACCAACGAUUCGGAAUCGUAUCAGAAGACAAAGAACUCCAAACCGUCCUAGGCCGCCACCGCACUGGAACUCAGCCAAGUUCAACUGUCUCAUGGGGUUGAAGACCAAAGGUAUUUCAAGACGAGCGGGAUUCAUCAAAAGUCAAGGGCAACAGUGACGACACACAAGGGCACAACACCCAGCGAGACUUAGGCAGAUGAGAACAUAGGGAGACAGGAAGAGGUGCUACAUAAUUUCAUCACGACGCAAAUCCCCAGACCCGAUUCCAUCUGCCCAACGACAACAACCAAGUAAAGUUGAUCCCCU